GUGAAAGUGAUCGUUCCUGAAUACAAAACAAGUUACUUAGCCACUGAAAGGAAGUGUGUUUGCUCCACAGAGAGACUUUAACCAUCAACAAGUACAAUGGCAGCUUUCCAGAAUGAGCUUACAGAAAAAAAGCCUUCACAGAACACAGAACAGAAGGAAACGUCCUGGAUGGCUUCUUCUAAACUGUUUGUUUGUUUGGGAUGUUUGCUUAUGGUAUUUCUUGGGAUUCAGUUGCAACAGAACAAGUCUUCAAGUGAACAAGAAUUCAAUGACGAGCUUCGGAUCCUGAUGAUCGGAAAGACAGGUGUGGGCAAAAGUGCAACAGGAAACACCAUCCUUGGUAGAAAGGCUUUUAAAUCUGAUAUGUCUUCUUCAUCUGUAACCACAUGGUGUGAGAAAGAAAAUGGACAUGUUCAUGGCAGAAAAGUGUCUGUUAUUAAAUAUCCAGGGCUGUUUGACACUCAGUUAUCUGUAGAUGAGGUGGUCGGUCGGAUUAAACUGUGCACUCACUUCUUUGCUCCAGGACCUCAUGUCUUUUUAGUUGUAACACAAAUAGGUAGAUUUACAGAGGAAGAAGAAAAAACAGUUCAGCUAUUUCAAGAAAUCUUUGGAGAAAAGUCCUCCAGGUACACUAUGGCUCUCUUCACUCAUGGAGAUCAACUAAAGGGGAAAAAUAUUCAUCAGUUUGUUCGGAACAAUACAAAGCUUUUGAAUUGUAUCAAGAAAUGCAAUGGGGGAUACCAUGUGUUUAAUAAUGAAGACCAGAAUCCAGAACAAGUCAUCCAGCUUCUGGACCAGAUUGAUAUGAUGGUCACUGUAAAUGGUGGAGAACAUUACACUACAGAGAUGCUUCAGGAAGUAGAGAAAGCGAUAGAAGCAGAAAAACAGCGGAUCCUCGAAGAAAAUGAAGCACAAAGACAGAAGGAGAUAGAAGAACUAAAGAUGAAGUUUGAAGGGGAGGCAUUGGAGAAAGCAAAAAAGCAACUAAAUGAGGAACAUAUAAGAGCAGCAAGAAUGGAAGCUGAGAGAAGCACUGGAAAUAUAAGAAAUAUUUGGAAAGAUAAGAAAAUUCCAUUUGAAUAUAUGAAUUCAAUAAUUGAAACAGUGUUGAAAAUUCAAAAAGAUUGGCGUAAAGCGGAAAUAAAAUCUUGUAUUAUGUCGGCUUUGAUUGAUAAAGGGGUUCUUCCUCCUACGGAGACGGUUUCUGUGGAAGCAGCUGGUCCCGCGAUAUCUGCUGCAGGAAGUCCUUCUUCACAAGUUCCGGUUGGUGAUCAGUCGACUCCCGUGACUGUUAGUGCAGCGGUAGGUCCACCAUUCUCCAUGCCUAAAUUCGACCCAAGUUCUCUUUCUUCCGGGGCUUCGCCUGAAAUUCGGGCGGAUAUGCGUUUAAAAGUUCGUUUAGCUCGUCUACAAUUAGAGACUCAGGAUAGGGCUCAGGCGAGACAAGAUGAUUUAAAACGUCAGAUUGAAAUGUAUCGAAUUGAUGCUGAUGCAAAAGUGCGGCUUCGGCAGGUGGAGUUGCAGGCUGCACAGGAUCUCUCUAAGCCAACGAUUCCUAAAACAUCUAUUAGUUGGAAUGAGCGUUCUGAGGCGGCUGCUGGUCCAUCCAAUCCUAAUGUUGUCUCCAGUCACUCUGUUCCAUCAGGUCAUGUAUCUGGGUCUGUAGUUGAGUCAUCCCUACAUUUUGACGUGGCUAAAAAUAUUGCAAUCGUCCCGCCUUUCCGUGAGAGAGAAGUUGAGGCUUAUUUUCAAGCUUUUGAACGCAUUGCGAGUGCUCUGAAGUGGCCAACUGAAGUUUGGGCCUUGAUGUUACAGUGUAAAUUAACCGGUAAAGCACAAGAUGUGUGUGCGUCUCUUUCAUUGGAAGAGAGCGUUCAAUAUGAUGCUGUGAAAACUGCGAUUCUGAGGGCGUAUGAAUUGGUACCUGAACAUUACCGACAGUGUUUCCGUUCCACGAAAAAAUCUGCGUCUCAAACUUUCGUUGAGUUUGCUCGUGAGAAAGCAAUGUUGUUUGACCGCUGGAUUAAAGCGUGUAAGGUUACGGAUUAUACUUCUCUGCGAGAGCUGAUACUGAUUGAGGAAUUUAAGAACUGUGUUCCAGAGUGCACGGCUUUGUAUUUAAAUGAACAAAAACCUUUUGUGUUUGACGGAUUUGUGUCUAUACAUGGUGUAGAAGAUCGCAAACCAGUGCGAAUUUUACGUGACACUGGAGGGUCUCAGUCCUUCAUACUGUUGAACAUUUUAGAUUUUUCUGGGAGUUCUGCUUGUGAAACCACUCUAGGAGUGUCUCAUGUGGUGUCGAGUGCCUACCAUCCUGAAUCUCAGGGGGCUCUUGAACGUUGGCAUCAGACAUUGAAAUCAAGUCUGCGGAAGUAUUGCCUAGAGACUGGGAACGAUUGGGAAGAGGGAGUUCCCUUUGUUUUAUUUGCGGUGCGUGAGGCGCGACAAGAUUCGUUGGGAUUCAGCCCUUCUGAAUUAGUGUUUGGACAUAAUGUUCGUGGGCCUUUGAAAAUGUUAAAAGAAGAGUUUCUCUGUACAGGUCCUUCUGAAAAGACUAAUGUACUUGAUAUCGUCUCUCGUAUUCGUGAACGUUUACGCACAGCCUGUACUGCAGCUAAAGAAGCUCUUGCUUGGUCACAAAAGAAAAUGAAACGUUGUUUUGAUCAGAAGGCAGUUGCCCGUAACUUUCUACAAGGAGAAAAAGUUUUAGUAUUAAUUCCCACUCCUGGAUCGGCUUUUGCAGCGCGGUUCUCUGGUCCUUAUGUGAUUAAAAGCAAGGUCAGUGAGACGGAUUAUGUGAUCCAUACUCCUGAACGGCGGCGAAAAACCCGCCUAUGUCAUAUAAAUAUGUUGAAGCCAUAUUUGUGCCGUUCUGAUCAAGGCGAGAUCACUGUUUCCUCGCGUGAGCCAGUGACUGAGUCAAGGGAGCGUGUUUCAUUGCUUGCUCUAACUCUGCCUACAGAUGAUGUGGAUGAUGGUUUGGAGCUGGAGGUGGAUGCCAGUGAUGUCGGAGCAGGAGCUGUUCUCCUGCAAGAGGGGGCUGAUGGAAUAGCUCAUCCCACUACAGUAAGCUUAGUUCAUGAAUUGGUCAAGUGCUUCAGUAGAAAUGAAACUGAAACUGAUCUUUCGGUGCAAAACAAAACUCAGUUCCUGAAAGACGGUCAGCUCCACAUUCAGGUCUGUGAAACUCAAACAUUAACAAACAAGAUGGCAGGGCAAUUAAAGCACUACAUGGCCUGGCUUAUUUCUCCUAAAAUGCUGUUGUUGACAUGUUUUGUGGUUGUGGCAGCUUUUGGGAUUCAGUUCUUUGAGCAACAGAACAGCUCUUCAGAUGAACAAGUUCAAGAAAUCAGUGACGAGCUUCGGAUCCUGAUGAUCGGAAAGACAGGUGUGGGCAAAAGUGCAACAGGAAACACCAUCCUUGGAAGAAAGGCUUUUAAAUCUGAUAUGUCUUCUUCAUCUGUAACCACACAGUGUGAGAAAGAAAAUGGACUUGUUCAUGGCAGAAAAGUGUCUGUUAUUGACUCUCCAGGGCUGUUUGACCCUCAGUUAUCUGUAGAUGAGGUGGUCGGUAGGAUUAAGCUGUGCAUUCCCUUCUCCGCUCCAGGACCUCAUGUCUUUUUAGUUGUGAUUCAAAUAAGUAGAUUUACAGAGGAAGAAGAAAAAACAGUUCAGCUAUUUCAAGCCAUUUUUGGAGAAAAGUCCUCCAGGUACACUAUGGCUCUCUUCACUCAUGGAGAUCAACUAAAGGGGAAAAAUAUUCAUCAGUUUGUUCGGAACAAUACAAAGCUUUUGAAUUUUAUCACAAAAUGCAAUGGAGGAUACCAUGUGUUUAAUAAUGAAGACCAGAAUCCAGAACAAGUCAUCCAGCUUCUGGACCAGAUUGAUAAGAUGGUCACUGUAAAUGGUGGAGAACAUUACACUACAGAGAUGCUUCAGGAAGUAGAGAGAGAGACAGAAGCAGAGAAACAGCGGAUCCUGAAGGAAAAUGAAGCACAGAGACAGAAGGAGAUAGAAGAGCUAAAGAAGAUGGUUGAAGCGGAGGUUUUGGAGAGAGAAAAAAGAAGGCUGUCAAACGUAUGAAAUCAGCAAGACUGGAAGUUGAGAGAAGCAUUUUUGUUAUGCUAGGCAAUAUUAUGAAGACAAAUCUUUGGAGCUUGUAUAAGGAAAGCUGCAAGCAUCUGCAAAAUCUCAUUCCUGCCAUCCAGUAAACUUCAUUUCUGCAAUCCAAUAUACACCAGAACUGAUAAGCACACAGUCAGCUGCUCUUAGCCAUUGCACUAUUAGCAUUCUGGUGUUAGAUUUCAUGACUCUGUUAUUUGGCAUGUCAAACAUGUCACUGAGCAGCUUUAAGUAUGGAUUUUUUGUAUUAUACUAUUGCACUUCCAACUGCCCAUGACUACCUGUCUGUGGUGCAUGGAAGAAUAGAAUGACAUUGUAGAACCUUUUAUAAUGGGAAUUGAUAUCAAGUAUCAAAAAUGUUAUUUUCUAUAUGCUCUUUUUCUGAUACAUCAGGGAGAGCAAGAUGGCAGCUGUGAUAAAAGAACGAAUGUUACAAAAGUAGCUUUUAGGCGCCCUCUAGCGGGAUUUGACGGAUUUGCCGACAUUGAGUGUGUAACACGCACAUACACAUCUUUGUCUUGUUUCCUGUCCCACAAAUUCAAAUGUGAAUAAAAAAGUAAAUGUGUUU